AUGUGGGGCCAGGACCUGGGUGACUUGCCCGCUGGCCUUGCUCGCGCUGCCAUCGACUCCAGGGCGGAACCUGCGGCCAGGCUGGCCGCGCUGGAGUCCUUGAUGCAGCUUUUGAAUGCCCAGGGCUUUUGCAAGCCGCCCUCUAUGGAUGACUCAGAGGCGCACUCGGAGCUGGAGAUCCACGCAGUGGCCGUCUUGGCAUCUCUGCUUGCGGAAUUGCCUUCACCCCAGGCUACCGAGUGGUGGGCAGAAGUCAUCGACGAGGAAGCAGAGGCCGAAGAGUCUGCGGACCAUGCCGACAAGAGUCGAGCAGAAGAGGCCUUGCUGCAGGAAGCUUUGGACGAUGCUUGCCGCCUGGUCCAACGAGGUGGCCAGGUAUGCUUCCGCUUACACGAAGCGGCUGUCCAACUGAUGCAGACGGAGGCCUGGCAAGCGAAACAUGGAGCUUUGCUCCUGCUGCUGCGGCUUGCCAUUAGAGACCCCGAGGAUGCGCAGGCUGUGGAGACACAGGCAGCCCAAGAAGCUUCGGAAGCAGCCUUGUCCUGCUUUUCCAACACAAGUCCCAGGGUUCGCUGGGCCGCUCUGGAGGUUUGGGCGCGGCUUCUGCGGGCUGGAUGCACAGCGCCUGUGGACCUGCUUGGCCAGGCACCUGAGCCGUUGCUGAAGCUCUGCAAUGAUAUCUACACCCGCGUCAGACGCCGUGGCCUCUUGGUCCUUCUCUUCUGCGUGGGGGCCGCGCCAUUCGCAGUUGCACCCCUUGGCGAGAAGAUCUUCAGGUAUGUGUUGAUACCACAGGCAAGCGGCGACGACGACAGUCGAGAGGCAUGCCGUCAGAUUGCAGAGCAUCUGGCACUCGCUAAAGAUGUGCCUGGAGGCUACACAGAUGAGCAGUGGCAUCACCUGGAGGCCUUGGUGACAAGAGCGUCCUGA